CUCUUCAGCAACCUCCCUUUCACUCCCCCUCCCCACCUACCUUCCUUCCUGCGUAGCUUUUCACUUUCCCACCCCCGCCUGACUCCCCAUACGUCCUGCGAGUUGAUUGGCUGGCGCUUUCCCGCUUCCUUCUUCCCCUUUGACAACCCGCCAUUUUGAAACGUUGUUGCUUUUCUGGAGAGUAGCCCUGAACUCGCGCCUAAUCCCGCCCCGCCCGCUUGCCUGGGCCUGUUUCUCCCUCUCCCCGCGGAAGGCUUUUGUCAUCCUCACGCUUAGGGGUCUCCCUCUGGCGAGCAGAACCAGCCAUGACUUCUGUUUCUGAAAAAGAUGAUGUGCGGUCUGGUGAGCAAAUAGAAGAAAAAGAACCUAAAACUGAAAAUAGUGAGGAGGAGGAGGAAGAAGAAGAGGAGAAAGAAAAAAGCCUCAUUGUUGAAGGAAAAAGAGAGAAGAAGAAAGUAGAAAGACUGACCAUGCAAGUGUCCUCAUUACAAAAGGAGCCUUUUACAAUUACACCAGGAAAGGGACAAAAACUCUGUGAAAUUGAAAGGAUACAGUACUUCUUAAGUAAGAAGAAAACAGAUGAACUUCGUAAUCUGCACAAACUUCUUUAUAAUAGACCAGGCACAGUUGCUUCAUUAAAGAAGAACGUGGGACAGUUCAGUGGGUACCCAUUUGAAAAAGGAAGUGAUCAGUACAAGAAAAAGGAAGAAAUGUUAAAAAAAUACAGAAAUGCUAUGCUGAAAAGUAUAUGUGAAGUUCUUGAUUUGGAAAGAUCGGGAGUAAAUAGUGAACUGGUAGCCAGAAUCUUAAACUUCUUGAUGCAUCCAAAACCUUCAGGCAAGCCAUUACCAAAAUCCAAGAAAACACCCAGUAAAGGUGGUAAAAAAGAACGCAGUAGCUCUGGAACAGCAAGAAAAGCCAAACACACCAAAUGUCCUGAGAUCCUCUCAGAUGAAUCUAGUAGUGAGGAAGAUGAAAAGAAGGAAGAGGAUGAAUCAUCUGAAGAAGAUAAAGAAAGUGAAGAGGAGCGACCUAAAAAAUCAACUAAAAAAGAAAAACCCAAGCAGAAGACAACUCCAAAAACCAAAAAGGGCACAAAGAAUGCAAAUGUCAAGAAAGCAGAUAGUAGUACAACCAAGAAAAGUCAGAAUAGCUCCAAAAAAGAAAGUGAGUCUGAGGAUAGUUCAGAUGAUGAGCCUUUGAUUAAAAAGUUGAAAAAGCCACCUACAGAUGAAGAUCUGAAGGAAACUGUGAAGAAGCUGUUAGCUAAUGCUAACUUAGAGGAAGUCACCAUGAAGCAGAUUUGUAAAGAGGUAUAUAAAAGCUAUCCCAAUUAUGACUUGUCUAACAGGAAAGAUUUCAUCAAAAAGACAGUGGAAGAGCUCAUUUCGUGAUCUGAUGGGAAGAACGCGAAGAUUGGAUAUUUGUUCCCAUGGAUUUAAAUAUUUUGUACACACCAGCAAAAAUGUUAAAUUUUUGCCUUUUUUUAUAACAUAGUGUUUUGUCAAGGAAGAUUCU